AGAGAGGACUUGUUGGUGAAUUUGGUAGUGAAGUUGGUAAAGAUAGCAUGGUUGUAAUUAUGGAAGCACUAUUAGAUGUAGUUGUAAAAAUAGAUGCAAUGAUAAAGGGUUUGUUGCUGUCUUUGAUGAGUAUUAAAUAUGACAGCAAUGAAGUAAACAAUGAAAGUAGUGAGAGCAAUGCAUGUACAAGGAGUAAUGAUGAAAAUUUAUUAGUUAGUGAGG